AUGCAUCUGCCACCUCUUUUGAGUAGUGCAUUUCCAUUACCACCAAUGGGUUAUAUUGAAUUAUUUAGUGAUGAUAAUAUUCGUCAAAAUAAUAAAAUAUUACAACCACCACCACCACCCAUUGAAGGUCCGUAUGAAUUGUUCGGUGUCUAUGUUAAUGGUAUCGAUAAUUCUGAACCGAUUAUUCAUCCUUUAGCAGCACAACAAAUUCAACGUGUUGAUACACGUUCUGAUGAUUAUAAAGGUGAAUUAAUAAAAUUAUAUAGUGGAAAUAUUACAUUACGUGAACAAAAAUUAAAUGAAAUUGAAUUACUUUUUACUAAUAUUCAUUAUUUAAUCAAUGAAUUACGUCCACAUCAAGCAUGUGAAACACUUCGUAUCAUACUUGAAAAACAAAAACAACAACGUGAAAAAUCAAGUGAAAAGCUUUAUUCAUUUUUAAAUCGUAUUGUUGAUGUUUUAAAUUCAACUGUUUAUUCACUGAAUGAUCCUGUACCUAAAGAUUCAAAUUAA